AUUCAUCGAGAGUCAAUUCUAAUAAUCCAAGUGUAAAUAUCAUUUAGAAGUAUGAAGUGCGGAAGAAUUUCGCGGACAUGGUUAUUCUUUCUAUCUUUAACAAGCUUUUACGUGUCAAUACAAGCGAUCGCGCUAGACUCGGUGACCACGAGGAAGAUACUUCCAGUGUACGCGGUUUUGGAAAAUGCUGAUCUUCUAAAUUCCAGCAGAUGUCGGACGCAGAUAGAUGAAUUUCGAAAUGCAGUGGAUAACCAGAUACUUUGGGCUCUAAGAGCGUUGGAUACCAGUGGCGUACCAUUCGAAGGAUUUGUCAUCGGGAAUAAUCAUUGGUUAGGAAACCGACAAGGUUGCAAGCUUUUCUCUGAAAAUCGCACGGCACUUCUAUCGGAGAAAAUACGAAAGAACAAUUCGAUAUACCGGAACCCGAAUGAAGAAUAUUCACCUUUUGAGUUUCGUUUUUUUAUUGCACGUGCACGGCACAACAGCACUGUGCAAUAUCAUGUAGAAGUAGAAGACGAAGAUUUGAUCACGCUUGGACUUUGCUUACCGGCAUCCUGCAGCAUUGGCGAUGUUGCCACUAUGGUUGAUAAAGUAUUUCGUAAUGAGACACUUUUCGUUGGACAACUUUUUAAUAUACACUUCAAGCUGAUCGAAGUCUCCGAUUCGGUGGAUGAUCAUCAAUGGCUAUUCUCUGCGAAAAUGAUCUCCAUCAUAGGAAUUUUGCUAUCGUUGUGUGCUAUCGUAAUAGCGGCCACAGUAUACGACGUUUUCGUCCAUCGAAAGCUUUUAAAUAAAGAAAGGGAAAAGCUUACGUUCGAAAGUAACAACGCGAUAGAAUUUGAGAACGUAAGAGAAGAGAAACGCGAAACCGACAACGAGGAACUGGCACCUCCCAAGUCUGCAAUGCAGAAUCGUGUCGGCCAACAUCUUCUGUGCUUUUCAGUUCUCACCAAUAUAGAGAAAAUAUUUAAGCUGGAAAAGAGUGAAGAUAAACUACGCUUAUUCUACGGUUUGAAAACGUUAACAAUGAUAUGGAUUAUUUUAGGGCACGUAUUAUUCUACGGAUUUCAUGUUCUGAGUAACAAAUGGCUUGUAUAUGCGAUAGACGACAAUAUACUCUCACAGAUCAUAAGCAACUUCACAUUAUCGGUGGAUACAUUUUUCUUUAUCAGUGGUUUUCUCUUGUCCUAUUCAUUUCUGAAGGAACGACAAAAUCACCAAGAAGUAACAGUAACAAGGAUAAAUGAAUAUAUUCAAAAGAUUAUCAAACGAUAUAUAAGGCUUACACCUGCAUAUUUCGUCGUUAUACUGAUAACGAUAUUGAAUUUUACCUGGGACGAACAUGUCUCAGUAAUUCUUCCCCCCGAGCAUCCGCAUACAAAAUGUUCCAAAUAUUGGUGGACUAACAUACUUUACAUCAAUAACUUCUACAGGUGGGAUGAGCUAUGUCUCACAUGGAGUUGGUACUUGCCCAAUGAUAUGCAGUUCUUCGUAUUUGGCAGCUUUCUUCUAACUUUAUCGAACACGCAUUACCAUAUUGCCAUGGGCAUAGGCAUUGUCACGCUACUCUCAUCGAUAGGAUCACUCGUUUACGGGGCAUACACCCAUAAUUAUCAGCCUACAUUGGACGAACAAAAUAAGACGCUGACAUACUUUUAUAUGCGACCGUGGUGUAGAAUACCGCCAUAUCUCAUAGGAAUGGCCACCUGUCACCUUCUUACGAAAUGCAAUUACAAAUUACGGUUAUCAAAAGUAAUAGAUACUGCUUGUUCGUUACACCUAUAUUUCUCUGCAUCUUUCAAUAAUGUGAUUAAAUUUAUAUUUCAGAAAAUCUUAUUCGUUGGCUGGACCUUGGCAGUUUUAUGUAAUUGUUCGAUUCUCUUCGGACUCACGAACAAGAACAUACCUUUAAGUCUAUCCGCUCUUUAUUUGGCCCUCAAUAGAACAGGCUGGGCAUUAGGCAUUGCCUGGCUCGUAGUUGCAUGCACUACGAAUAAUGGCGGUGUCGUGAACAAAAUCUUAUCUCUCGAUAUUUUCGUUAUUUUGGGUAAAUUAACGUAUUGUGCUUAUCUCCUGAACCCUGUUACAAUACUUCUGGCUUACUCUUUAAAUGAUUAUGUUUUCUACAUUAAUAUCGUCACCUUUGGUGUUUACUCCGUUACAAUGGUUAUAUGUAGUUUCGGUGCUUCUAUUCUGUUAUCCGCAACAAUCGAAAUGCCGUUUAUAUCACUAGUGGGAUUGUAUAUUAGUGCACGAAGAAAAACGAAAGAAGUUGUAACCAAUAAAUCAGUCAAAUAAAUGUAGAUCACUGAA